UAGCGGAGGGCACUUAUAGGGAAGGCAGGCACCUGAGGGGAGGUUGAGGGGCAACUUUUAAUUUAAUUUUUAUUCGCUUCAUACAUUAGGCUGUAAACGGCGUGUCUGUUGAGAGUUAGUUUAGGUAACUGAAACUUAAGCUACAGCAGAGGGAAAGGAGUCUCCAUCCCGGCACUAGAGAUUUCCCUUUCUUCCUUUGAAGUGUGGUCGCAAGGCUUCGUAGGAGAAAUCUGUGGAGUCGAACUGACAUCUGCUUUGUGUGUGUUUGUGUUUCGGUCUGGCCUUGCCACUUCUAGAAACAGGCUACUAGAUUUUAGGGCGGGGGGAGAUUGGCUAGUCACUGUUUCUUAACAGGGUCAGGCUUGAACCAGUGUUGUAGUCAGGCCUUUUGCAUCCUUGGGGCUCCUCUGCUGUCACCUGCAUCCAAGACUAGCUUUAGACCAUGCAGAAAGAGGAAUUGGGCAUGGAUGAGAACCGCAACCCUGAGGAAGAGCUGCGUCUUCUGGGGGGAAAGAAGGAGAAAUGCCAUAGCCUCAGCAACCGCAUCCGGACAGGAGCUGGAGCAGAGCUGGGCUACAGGCCAAGCCAGGGCUCCAGAGAAGGUUCCUGGGAGUCCAAUGGCUAUUCUGCAUCCUCAGAGAUCGCCGAUGAGCCCAGUGUUCCCUUGAGCCCGUCUAACAGCCUUAACAUCCGCAACCUCCAGUUGUCUGAGCGGGACCCUCCAGUUACCCACCACCCCCACCGCUAUCCCCAUCGCUUCUACCACAGCCGGCCCUUCCACGCAGCUGCCUACCGCAAGACCUACCGAGGCAGCCCCUCUGACCGCAAAGAAUGGGGACCCAGCACCAACGGCUACCACUGUGCUCCUGAAAGCAUUUCUAAUGGGCGGUGGCAGCACCGGCGCCGUGGCUAUUCUGACCCACCAUCUCCAUCGUCAUCUCCAGAAUCCGAACGAGACAGCACCAUCAAAGUCGGAGAGAAGCCUGCCGUUACAUCAAAUGCCACCAAUGCAGCCAAUGAGGAUUCUGGGAAGGAAACAUGGUCGCUUUUCCGGCCACUUCCUGCUUUCCCAGUUGAUAGCAGCAGUGCCCGAAUCAUUCCUAAGAUCUCUUAUGCUAGCAAGCUGAAAGAGAACUUGGAUCAACCAGGGAAAGCCUGCCAUGUUCCCGCCUCGGCCGUCCGCACCACCAAUAGCCUCCCCAACUGUGUCCUGGCGCCACCCCCAAGCAGCCCCCCACCAUCUGACAGCAGCCGGCAGCAGCACCUGGGAGCCAUCUUUCAGAAUGAGUGGGGCUUGUCCUUCAUCAAUGAGCCAGGAGCAGGGCAUGGAGGGGGUGGUGGGACUGCGCCAGAAAAAGAUGUGGAGGAUGCAAACACUGGAGCGUGCUGGGAGAAAAUGGAAGCCAAUGACUGGCAAGCCGCAAGAAAUUAUCACCUGGAAGAAUGGACUCAUAUAUGGGAGCUACACAGUCAAGCUCCUAGCAAAGUGACGGUCUAUAUGGACACCUUGGAUGGGAAGGGUUAACACCAAGGAUUCCUUGGGGAAGCACUGCUAAGAUCCGGGGGGUGGGGGGGGCACAGGGGGAGAGGCAAGGCACCCCCCCCCACCCCACGAAGACUGGAGAAGCCCAGGCAUCUUGAAAGGGGAAGCUACGCCACCUGCCUCCCUUCCUCCCUCUCUCAUCCUAAUGCUGUUAUAGCCCAAAUUGUCCUGGAUGGGGCUGAUGUCUCACCCUCCCCGCCCCCUCUGAUUUAAUGCUCUGGUUUUUAAUUUCUUCAGAUGGUUUUUAAUUUCUCUGGAUUCCCCUGAAAAUAAAAGUGAAAAAAAGAAUUUAUUUAAAUUCA